CGACUUCCCAUGCGUCCCAACGAAAUUCCUUUUUCUGUCCCGGGCAAAAAAAAAAAAAAACACGAAAUUCCUUUCCCACGCCCCACACAAGCAAUUCCUUAUUCCUGUGAUCCUAUUUCAGUUAAAAGGGAUUUAAUUAUUCCUAUUUAAUAACCCCACGAAGCUUUACCCCCGUUCUAUUUCCUUCCUGAAAGAAACAUCUGAUCGGAAAAGGUAACAAACAAAUCAAGGUUCAGCUUUGUCCGAAUCGGACCUUGUUGGGUUUUAAUAUUUGCUUCUGUUCCUUGCAUCGUCGGAUUCGGCAAAAGCAAGCAACUUAGUGCCUUUCUCCCCUGCAAAGAAUUGGCUUUUCUCGCUAGUCUGGCUGGCGCAGUCUGCCCCACCUUCGUUCCGGUAACAUCACCAGAAAGGUUUCUGGUUGUUUGGCCGCCUGGUUGUUUUUGCAGUUUGUUUCGCCACUGCCGCCGCUGAAUCCAUCUAUGUUUGGUGGUGAAAUUAGGAGUUUAGGGUUUGUUGCUUUCGUUGGAUGUUUGUUGGGUGCAGGAUAAAUGCGUGUCACCGAGGAUCUAGGGUUUUCGAGCCUGGUCCUUGUGGUGGUAUGUUUCGUCGUGCCGGUGAUCGGGUUCGUAAUUCACCGGAAAUGGCAAUUCGCCUUGGCCAGGCAGGAGGAAAUCAAGAGGCUUCUGAUUUUGGCCGCCGAGGAGGCAGCUCGGGCCGAGAGUGAGGCUUCGUAUGCCUACGCUACAUUUUCUGCUCCCAAGAUCAAUCAAUGCGUAGUGUGUUAUUCCCCUACCACUACCCGGUGUUCCAGAUGCAAAGCAGUUCGCUACUGUUCGGGUAAGUGCCAAAUCAUUCAUUGGCGUCAAGGCCACAAAGAAGAAUGUCAUCCUCCCAGCACAACAUGCCAGGAUGAUGAUGUGUUUGAUGACCAUAUGGUAGCAGAGAAAGACCGCUGUAGAAUUCUUGAAGAGAAGUCUGAGGUUGAAGGUACAAGGUGUGAAACAGUCUCUAAGAAAACCCCACUGUCUGGAAUCAAUUCUCCUGAGGUCACAUGUGGAAAGGAUGAUAUCAAUAGUUUUGAGCCUCUUGCAGCUGGAAAUAUAACAGAUUCUAAUUCUGAAUUGUCUAGUAACUCAUUUUCUGGAUUCUCAUCUUCUACUGUUGCUAGCGAAUCAUCUGAUGACGCCUCUGUAUGUGAGAGUGUCGUUUCAAGUGAGCCAGAGAGAUCAGAAGGACAUAUUUUUGCUGAUCCUGCCCUCGAUAUGCAUGAUGCCAAUUCAAGUGAUAAUAGCAUGGAUAUGACCAUGCCAUCAUUGCCAAAGUUUGCUAAUUCAGUUGAUGCAAUAGAUGGCUUUUCUAGUAUGCGUAAUUUAAAUCAAACUAGACCUAGUUUUAGUAAAGAAAAGGGUAAGCUUGCGAAGAAUGGUUCUUCAUGUUUGAGUGUGGGUCAGGAAGUAACAAUCGAGCAUCAUACUGUGUCUUCUGGUUUUUGGGAUAAAACUCUUGAUUCCGAAGGGACUAACGGCGAUGCAAAAAAUGAACUGCUUCCAUCUCACUCUGAUGAAUCCACUGACCAUCAGAAACCUGGAUGUGGCUCUUCAAUUUGUGUUUCAGUCAAUAUCUUGCCUCCCAUGCAUGUACAAGGUCAAGAGGAAGAAGAUUCAGCUGCUGACAAUUGUGUUCUAAACUCUGCUGGGAAUAUGGCAAGUGCAGGGUCAGCAUUAUCAGAGAAUGACAGUAUGGAUUCUUUGAAGAGGCAAAUUUCCACAUCUUUAGACCACAAAGGGUCCAACAGUCCAAGCUUUAUGAGGAAAGAUAAUUGUGGGUCGCCUUCAUCUUUUGUCCAUCACUCUUCUAGUGUUGGUAAAAAAUCAGGUUUUGCAGAUUCUUCAAGCAUCAGCAACUUGCAAUCAGCAGGCUCUAAGGCAUCAAAUAACAUUCUGGUUGACCCUGAUAGUGCAUCACAUCAAUUGGAGUCUGUUGAAGUGAGAUAUAUGCCAAGUCCAUAUGCUGAUGCUCAUUUAGAAUCUAGAACUAAAAAUUAUGCACAUUCCAGUACAAUAUCUGGGAAUAAUGCUGUUCAACCCAGGAUCACUACUUCAUCUCAAGUUGCUAGCCGAUCACCAACUCCGAAGAAUGGCUUGAAAACAUCUAUGUUGAAAGUUGUUGAUCAGUUCAAAGGAUCAAAUUCAUCAAAACGAUUGCCACUAGCUGUUGGGAGUGAUGUUACUGGAAGAUACAGUGACAAGUUAUUGCAGGGUCUUUUUUCAUAUGACUUGUUUGUCAAGCUUUAUAACUGGAACAAGGCAGAGUUGCAACCAUUUGGUCUUGUAAAUUGCGGAAACAGCUGUUAUGCUAACGCUGUACUCCAGUGCUUAGCUUUUACACCUCCCCUUACUGCUUAUUUACUUCAAGGACUUCAUUCUAAAGCAUGUGCUAAUAAGAAAGGGUGUUUCACCUGUGAGUUUGAAAGUUUAGUUUUGAAGUCAAAAGGCACAAAAUCUGCACUCUCACCGAAAGGUAUUCUUUCCCAAUUACAAAAUAUUGGUAGUCGACUUGGCAAUGGGAGAGAAGAAGAUGCACAUGAGUUUUUAAGGAGUGCUAUUGACACCAUGCAAUUGGUUUGUCUAGCGGAAGCUGGUCUUAAUGCAUCAGGCUCAUCAGAAGAGGAAACAACUUUAAUGGGUCUAACAUUUGGAGGUUACCUUCGUUCAAAGAUAAAAUGCAUGAGAUGUGGCGGGAAGUCUGAGCGUCAGGAAAGAAUGAUGGAUCUAACCGUUGCAAUAGAAGGGGAGAUAACAACCCUGGAGGAGGCUCUACGGCAAUUUACUAGCACUGAGUCUCUAGAAGGAGAAAACAAGUAUCAUUGUGUCAGGUGUAAAUCUUAUGAGAAUGCCAAGAAGAAGUUGACAGUGUCGGAGGCCCCAAAUAUUCUUACAAUUGCAUUAAAGAGAUUUCAGUCUGGAAAAUUUGGGAAGCUCAACAAGCCCAUUCGAUUUCCUGAAAUACUUGACUUGGCCCCUUUUAUGAGUGGGACUAGUGAUAAGUCACCUAUAUACAGGCUGUAUGGGGUAGUUGUUCACUUGGAUAUUAUGAAUGCUGCCUUUUCGGGCCACUAUGUGUGCUAUGUGAAGAAUAGCCAAAAUAAGUGGUUCAAGGUUGAUGACAGUGUGGUGACAGCGGUUGAAUUGGAGCGAGUCUUGACAAAAGGAGCGUACAUGCUUCUGUACGCAAGGUGCUCACCAAGGGCCCCAAGGUUGAUUAGGAAUACAAUUUCUAAUGAUUCAAAGAGUAAAGCUGCCAAUGGAAAGAUUACGAUAAUGAAAUCCAGAUAUGUGCCCACAAAUUCUGUUGCUGCCGAAUAUUUUCCAAGCUCAGUUUCUCCCAAUGGCUCACCCACCUUAGACCCUUUCAAUUCAAAGUUUCACCACUUGAAAAGGAUUCUGGUAGAUGAUUCAUCAAGUGAUAACUCGUCCCUUAUCAGUACCAAUUCUGAUGAAGGUUCUUGCAGCACUGACAGCACCCGGUACUCAACCAGCACCGAUGACUUCUCCGAAUACAUUUUUGGCGAAUCAGGUUGUAGCUGGAACAACACAUGGAAGAAUUCUGAUUCUGACUCGAGCUCCUCAUCGUCAUCCUCACCCUUGAACUUGAGACAUUCUCCCCUAUCUGAUAAGGUCCGAUAUGGCUCAGGUUUUCCAGACAUCAAUGGGUUGCGUACUCCUGCUGGUUCCAGUUUGGAGGCAGGUAGUCCAUUGUACAGAGAUUAUACGGGUGUUAACAGAGUGGCGGAUACUGAAAGGGGAGUUACUCUUUUGCGUUCUAACACAAAUAUACAUGUUAGGAAGUUAGGUAAUAGCCGUAGCAAUAGUAUUAUUAGUAGGGAGACUAACUAUUUUCAGGGACUAGGAUCUAACCAUUUUAGCGAUAAAAAUUAUGGUGCUUCGUGUAUAAAGUCACGGGAAAGAACGGGCUGACUUUUAUGGAGUAAAUAAUUAGGGAUGCAGAUGCAGUACGUAAAGUGCUCUUGUUAAUAACUUAUCUCUCAAAUUUGCCUUUUGGGUCUCGAUCAUGACCUUGAAAAACUCGUAACGUUGGUCUGUCUUGUUGAAAACAAAUAAAGUGAAACAAGCUAUGAUGCAUCAAAAGAAAUUUUUUCUGUAA